AUGACUGAUGGAUCCUCAGGCAUUGCAGUAUCUACUGCAGCAGGCAUGAGCAGUUCCUGUGUGACAUUGGCCGAGGUCCUGUGGGCAAAAGGAAGCCCUCUGGAGGAAGAAGAAAUAUGGGCACUCCUGUACCUGUCCACAAUGCAGCUUCUGGAGGAUCUUCACAAAGACCCUGCCAUCUGUGUGAUUUGCCCAUGGUCAGUACUACUGUCUGCUGAAGGAAAUUUGUCUUUCCAAAACAAUGCAUCUCAGACAGAAGCUGCCCCUUUCAGUGCACCAGAAUUGCUCCACCGCCCAAGUAAAAACCAGCACUUUGGACUAACAAAGAUGCUGGUGUAUUCCUUAGGAAUGACCCUCUAUUGGUCAGCAGAUUACCAGGUUCCUCCAAACCAGUCCCUCCAGCUGAGUGACCAACUACAUACACUCUUGCUGACACUGUGCGAAGAUCUGCCACACAGAAGACUUUCUCCUGAAUCCAUUCUGGAAGCAUGUGAAACUCAUCAGAAGGAAUCUGCUUCCUUACCAGCAAAAUUCUACAUAAAGAGAAUGGUUCAGUUUGCAGUGGGAAGUGUCAGUGAGACAGAGCAGGUGGUCACUGAAGACAGCACAGCCUCUCAGCUGAACAGAAGUCAUGUGAUAAGGAAAAGACUGCAUGAAAAGAUAUUGGACACCUCAACACUGGCAUCCCAGAUGAAUUUUCACCAAGGAAGAGUUCCAGAGACACACAGAUCAUGUGACACCACACUUAGUGGGUCAAGGACAGAAAGUAGCUACAAGCUCUUCAUAAACAGAGAAUUUGGGAAUCAAAUGAGAAAAGGUCACAGGUUUUCAGGUCCAGAAUUUGUUAUUUUGUCUAGUGAACCACCAGUGACCUUACAGCUGCCUGGAUCAAUUGUGACUAAAAAAGGGAAAUCCUAUUUGUCCCAAAGGGAUCUCAAUGUGAUUCUACUCAAUGGGCAGUGCCUUGAGGUGCAAUGUGACAUCAAGACCAAGGCAAGAGAUGUUUUCAACACUGUGGUGGCGUAUGCAAACUUGGUGGAACAUUUCUACUUCGGCUUGGCUUACCUGAAAGGUAAAGAAUUCUUCUUUUUGGAUGAGGACACCAAACUCUACAAAGUGGCCCCAGAUGGCUGGAAUGACCAAUCCAAGAAGAAAAUGUCAAUCAUUAAUUUCACUCUCUUUAUAAGGAUAAAAUUCUUUGUCAACCACUUUAAUGUUAUUCAGCAUGGCUUGACAAGGCAUCAGUUUUACCUGCAGCUUCGUAAAGAUAUUUUGGAGGAGCGAUUAUAUUGCAGUGAUGAGACUGCCCUGAAACUCGGCGCUUUGGCUUUACAGGCAGAGCUUGGCAAUUAUGCUUCUGAGAUGCAUGGAAAGAGCUAUUUUCGUGUUGAAGACUACGUCCCAGCCAGUCGAAUAGAGAAAAUGACCCUGGCAUACGUACAGCGAGAGCUUGCUAAAUUACAUCGUAUGAAUCGCUCCCUAUUUGAGGAUGAAGCUGAACUAGAGUUUUUAAAGGUGACUCAGCAACUUCCUGAAUAUGGAGUGUUAUUCUAUCGUGUGUCCCAAGAGAAGAAAGGGACAGAAGGGGACAUCAUCCUGGGAAUCUGUGCCAAAGGCAUCAUUGUCUAUGAGAACAAAAAUCACACAAGAAUUGCCAGUUUAAGAUUUCAGUGGCGUGAAACAGAGAGAAUUUCAGCUCACAGAAAAAAAUUCAUGAUUGAAAGCAGCUUCAGUGGUAAGAAACACACCUUCAUUACUGAUACAGCAAAGACAUGUAAAUACCUACUGGACCUCUGCUCUGCCCAGCACAAAUUCAAUGCACAGAUGAAUUCUAGGCAACUUCGUCAAACUUCAUCAGAGGACAGUAAAUUUGUGGAAAUAGACAAAUCGAAUUCUGCAUAUGCAGCUCAGCGUGAACACCUUGCCCUUAUUCAGAGACUGUCUCGCUCUGAGAAUGUGCUCUAUGGAGCAAACCUGGAAAGCCUUUCUGCUGGGAUGAUGAGCAAAUCUUGUGAUAACCUCAGUGUGGAAACCAACAAUAGGACUAGACACAAAAGCAAUCUUGGCAGAUCUCUAUCAGGGCUAUCCCAGUCAGAAAUGCACAUCAAUUUGAAUGGAAAGCAAAGGAGUUAUGAUUUUGUCUCUAUUCAUUCAACUCAGAACACCAUCAGUGCACCUGGAUCACCAGCCACCCAAAAGGAAGUUUUGCUAAGUGGUCUAGAAAGAGAAAUCAUAUGUGUCAGCCUAAAACGUGACCCUAAGAAUGGAUUUGGUUUUGUAAUUAUUGGAGGAGAAAAUGUAGGAAAAUUAGACCUUGGUAUCUUUAUCGCUUCAAUUAUCCCUGGGGGACCUGCAGACAGAGCUGGAAAUAUCAAACCAGGAGGACGACUCAUCUCCGUGAAUAAUAUUAGUCUUGAGGGUGUUUCAUUUAAUACUGCAGUUAAAAUCAUACAGAACUCUCCUGAUGAAGUGGAGCUCAUCAUCUCCCAACCCAAAGACAUGUAUGAAGAAGGAUUAAAUGAAGAAAAGAAUCUAUCAAGAGGAAACAGCACUAGUGGAUCUGAGAUCUCUUGCGUAGACAAUGGGAGAAAAAAGAUUCAGGAUUGUCAUACAGCUCUCCCCAAAGAACAGGACACAAAUACAGAACUUGAGAAGACUCUCUCUUGGAAUUUAGCAUCAAAAUUGGGCCCUAGGAUUCCAGUUCCUUCAGCUAAUAGCCUGGAUAUAGAGGCAGCUGAUUCUUCCCACUUACCAUCUCCAUCAGAAACCAACUCAAAGGAAGUCUACACGGUGGAGCUUGUUAAAGAAGAUGGGACUUUUGGAAUCAGCGUGACUGGUGGAAUUAACACCAGUGUGCGUCAUGGUGGGAUAUAUGUGAAGUCAAUUAUUCCCAGGGGACCAGCAGAUAAGGAUGGACAAAUAAAGAUAGGUGAUCGUCUGCUGGAAGUAGAUGGCAUCAGCCUCUGUGGCAUCACCCACAAACAGGCUGUGGAACGCCUUAAGAAAUCUGGCCAGAUUGCCAGACUGGUUUUAGAAAGGGGAAACUACCAAUUGGCAGAGCCUUGUCUGACUGCUAAUGACAGAAAGCAGGACCAAUGUGCAGUUGUUUCUGUGGCAACAUCCCUCACAGAUGGCACCAAGGACUGCUGCUUUUUGACAGAUGAUAACACAUUUGAAGUGAAAUUAACCAAGAAUUCUGGAGGCCUUGGAUUUAGUGUUCUGCAGAUGGAAGGAGAUGCUUGUGAACACCUUGGAGGAGCUAUUGUCAGGAUCAAAAGACUGUUUCCAGGGCAGCCAGCUGAAGAGAAUGGAGAAAUUGAAGUUGGAGAUGUCAUUUUAGCUGUGAAUGGGAAACCUCUCAAAGGGCUCCUGUAUCAGGAUGUCCUGCAUUUGUUAAGAGGAGCUCCUCAAGAAGUUACACUGCUACUUUGCAGACCACCAAAAGGUGUUCUUCCAGAAAUAGAGCAGAUUGCCCUGACUCCAGCACCAUCUCCAAUUAAGGACUUUGUGGCAGAAAUGCCAGGCAGCACAGGGGCAGGAAACUGCAUGGAUCAAUCUACCAGUGAUGGAGGUAGCACCUCUCCAGACCUCGAAGACUGCCUUGAUUCUCCAGUGGGAGACGAUUUCAGUGAGCCUCCUGAGGAUGACAGCUCAGCUUACGAAGAGCAGGAAGCUGAGUUUCAAGAGAAACCCAUACAGAAACUCCCAACUUCCAGAGAAAGUUUCUAUAAGCAUCUUUGGAAGAUUCAUCAAGAAGCUUCCAGUUCUGAAGUCUUCCACUCUCUAGAGGAGGAAAUGAAGCAGAACUGCUACUCACCAUGUGAGUUUACACAGGCCAAAAGGUAG